AUGCCGUCUACACACAAGAAAGACAAGCCGUGGGAUACCGACGAUAUAGAUAAAUGGAAGGUAGAACCAUUCAAGCCCUCAGAUAAUGCUGGUGGUACAUUCGCAGAAGAGUCUUCAUUCGCAGUUCUUUUCCCUAAAUACCGAGAACUUUACUUGAAGGAAGCCUGGCCUGGUGUCACCAAGGCGCUACAACAACAUGGCAUCGCAUGCACUCUAGAUCUUGUCGAAGGAUGUAUGACUGUCAAAACGACGAGAAAAACAUUUGACCCCGCCGCGAUUCUUAAAGCCCGCGACCUUAUCAAGUUGCUAGCGCGUAGCGUCCCUGCGCCGCAAGCCUUACGAAUCCUCCAAGACGAUAUGGCAUGCGAUAUCAUCAAGAUAAGAAACUUAGUACGAAAUAAGGAGAAGUUCGUGAAGCGACGGCAAAGAAUACUUGGUCCAGGAGGUCAGACUCUAAAGGCUCUAGAGCUACUUACACAGACAUACAUCCUCGUCCAAGGAAAUACCGUCAGCGCACUCGGUCCAUACAAAGGCCUCAAGGAAGUCCGUAGAGUGGUCACAGACUGCAUGGCCAACGUACAUCCAAUAUAUCAAAUCAAGGAACUCAUGAUUAAGCGCGAGCUAGCGCAAGACCCGAACCUUGCAAACGAAAACUGGGAAAGAUUCUUACCGAACUACAAGAAGAGGAGUCUCAGCAAGAGAAUGGUGCCUCACAAGGUUACCGACAAGAGCAAGAAGGUCUACACACCAUUCCCACCGCCGCAGGAGAAGAGCAAGGUGGAUCUGCAGAUCGAGGCUGGCGAGUACCAUAUCGGCAAGGAAGCAAAAAAGCGAAUCGCGCAAGAGGAAAGGAUGGAGAAGCAGAAGGUCAAGCAAGAGGAGAAGAAGCGACAACGAGAACAAGACUUCGUAGCACCCGAAGAAAAUGGCGCCGAGGGGAAGAAAAGAAAGCGGAAGAGCAAGGGUGGCGAGUAA